AGCUGUCGUGGUAAAAGAAGAAGAAAAGAAAAUAAAUACAAAUACAAUACAAGCGUGAUUAAAUAUAUAAAAUAAAAACACUAUUUUGUGGUAUUAAAACACACUUCUUCCUGCACAAGCCAUGGCCCACUAUAAGGGUGCCGCCAGCGAGGCUGGACGAGCAGCGCAGCUGAUGAAAAAGCGUGAAAUCCAACAACAAGAAAUCGAGUUCCGCAAAAAGAAAAUUGAGGAGGAGCUGAAGCUGGACAAGAUUGAGAAUAAGUUUGCGACACACUACGAUGCCGUCGAGCAGCAGCUCAAAUCGUCGACCAUUGGCUUGGUCACCCUGGAUGAGAUGAAGGCCAAGCAGGAGGACAUCGUACGAGAACGUGAAAAGAAGCUGGCCCAAAAAAAGGACGAGAAGGAUCGGGAGAAACAACGCGCCCUGGAAGCCAUACAGGCGGAAAAGAACAAACAGAAGCGACAGAUUCAGGCAUUAUCAUUCAAUUUAGAUGACGAAGAAGAUGAGGAUCAGGACAAUGAAGAUUCCGAUAAAGACAAGGAGGAGGAGAACAAGUUCCAGAAACCGCAGCCAGUCAAAUGGACCGAAUUGCGAACAGAUGAGGUACCCCUAAAGAAGAAGAAAAUAUGCAAAAAUCCUGAUGUGGACACAUCCUUUCUGCCCGAUCGUGAGCGUGAGGAGCAAGAGAAUCGUCUGCGCGAGCAACUGCGUCAGGAAUGGGUUAUGCAGCAGGCAGAGCUCAAAGACGAGGAUAUCUCAAUCACAUUCAGUUACUGGGAUGGCUCCGGUCACCGGCGAAAUGUGCUCAUGAAAAAGGGCAACUCCAUCUAUCAGUUCCUCCAGAAGUGCCUGGAACUGCUGCGCAAGGAGUUCAUCGAACUGAAGACCGUUAUGGCCGAUCAGCUAAUGUACGUGAAGGAGGAUCUGAUACUGCCCCAUCACUACUCCUUCUACGACUUCAUCGUGACCAAGGCUCGCGGCAAAUCGGGUCCACUCUUCCAAUUUGAUGUCCACGAUGAUGUGCGGAUGAUUAGCGAUGCAUCCGUUGAGAAGGAGGAAUCGCACGCGGGCAAAGUUCUCCUUCGCUCCUGGUAUGAACGCAACAAGCACAUAUUCCCUGCCAGCCGCUGGGAGCCAUAUGAUCCCACAAAGUCCUACGACAAGUACACAAUCAAGGAUAAGGAUAAGGACAAGAGCAAAAAGUAAUUGUUUUCCCUUUUGCCGAUUUUUUUUACAAAUAAAAAAAAAUUAAUCGAAA